AUGACAGAAAACCUGAAUACGGAACUGAAGCAUCAGCUCAUUUUCUUGUUCAGAAGUGGCAACAGCCAGAGAAGGAGCUAAGUGUUGACGUGAGGAGCUGGGAGCCUAGACAGACACUCGCACCGUUGAAGAUGUGGAAGUCCGUAGUUGGACAUGACGUAUCUGUUUCCGUGGAGACCCAGGGUGAUGACUGGGACACAGACCCUGACUUUGUGAAUGACAUAUCUGAGAAGGAGCAGCGAUGGGGAGCCAAGACCAUCGAGGGCUCUGGACGCACAGAACAUAUCAACAUCCACCAGCUGAGGAACAAAGUGUCAGAGGAGCAUGACAUUCUCAAGAAGAAGGAGUUGGAAUCAGGGCCCAAAGCAUCCCAUGGCUAUGGAGGUCGGUUUGGUGUUGAAAGAGACCGAAUGGACAAGAGUGCUGUGGGCCAUGAGUAUGUUGCUGAGGUGGAGAAGCACUCUUCUCAGACUGAUGCUGCCAGAGGUUUUGGGGGCAAAUACGGAGUUGAGAAGGACCGGGCAGACAAGUCAGCAGUUGGCUUCGAUUACAAAGGAGAAGUGGAGAAACACACAUCUCAGAAAGAUUACUCUCAUGGAUUUGGUGGCCGUUAUGGGGUAGAGAAGGAUAAACGGGACAAAGCAGCUCUGGGAUAUGACUACAAAGGAGAAACAGAGAAACACGAAUCCCAGAGAGAUUAUGCCAAGGGCUUUGGUGGUCAGUAUGGAAUCCAGAAGGACCGAGUGGAUAAGAGUGCUGUUGGCUUCAAUGAAAUGGAGGCUCCAACCACAGCUUAUAAGAAGACGACACCCAUAGAAGCUGCUUCCAGUGGUGCCCGUGGACUGAAGGCAAAAUUUGAGUCCAUGGCUGAGGAGAAGAAGAAGCGGGAAGAAGAAGAGAAGACACAGCAGAUAGCCAGGCAGCAACAGGAGCGAAAGGCCCUGGUAAAGAUGAGCCAUGAGGCUCAGCAACCAGCAGCCACUGUGAAAGAGCCAGCAGUGCCAGCCCCAUUGCCUAAGAAAAUCUCCUCAGAGGUCUGGCCUCCAGCAGGGAGUUGUUCAUCAUCAGAGCCUGAGCCUGUGAGAACCAGCAGGGAACACCCAUUGCCUUCCCUGCCCUCAAGGCAGAAAACUCCAGAGGAUGAUGAGGAGCCCCCAGCUUUGCCCCCCAGGACUCUGGAAGGCCUCCAAGUCGAGGAAGAGCCAGAUUACGAAGUACAGCCUGUUUAUGAAGAAGAGCCUGUUUAUGAAGCAGAACCUGAGCCUGAGCCUGAGCCUGCGCCUGAGCCUGAGCCUGAGAUUGAGAAUGACUAUGAGGAUGUUGGACAGAUGGACAGAAAUGACCUAGAUGAUGAACAAGAAGGAGAUUAUGAGGAUGUGCUGGAGCCUGAGAAUCCCUCAUUUUCCUCCUCUCUGGUUGGAUCAUCAGGCUGUCCGGUUGGGGCUGGGAUCUCAGCUGUAGCCCUGUAUGAUUACCAAGGAGAGGGAAGUGAUGAGAUUUCCUUUGAUCCAAAUGACAUCAUCACUGACAUUGAGAUGGUGGACGAAGGCUGGUGGCGGGGACGUUGCCAUGACCGCUUUGGACUCUUCCCUGCAAAUUAUGUCAACCUCCUCCAGUAAAUGGCCCUCAUCGUAUUCUGCACUGUGAUUUCCCAUGUCCAAAGUGGCUCUGCCUUCACCCCCUCCCUUCCUGUUGCAGUGUCUAAUAGGAUGUCAUGAGUUGCCUGAGGUUCUAGAUAGACUUCCCUCUCCCUCUCCCUCAGGGUUUGGGGCAGAGAGAGCAUAAGGAAGAAGCUCUCCUUCAGAGUACUCUCUAUCCUGUGUGAGCUUACAGACAUUUAUCUUGUCCCACCUCCUUCCCCAUGAGUGUUUCCUCUAAUGCCUCAGGUUCUGCCUUCUGCUUUUGUGAGCUCUGAGCUUCCUGUUUUGCUUACCUGGGAAGGUAUGUCUAGAUUUCCUGGUUUACCUGGUUGUGCUGUUUGCUUGCUUUCCUACCCUACAGAAUCUUUUCUCUGCUCAGUCUUAAAAUUGGAAAUAAGCCUGGCCAGUGUGGCUUAGGGGUUGAGCAUCGACCCAUGCACCAAGAGAUUGCCAGUUUGAUUCCCAGUCAGGGCACAUGCCCAGGCUGUGGG